CUCAUCUGAUUCAAAUCUUGUAAGUUAUAACAAGAAUCUUACUAGAAAUCGUAGUCAUCUUAGAGCAGCUGAAACCGUGUAAACAUUUGCAAAAGACUGGUCUCGCGGGCAAUAGCAAGACCCGGCUGAGCCAGUUGAGCUGUUCCUCCAGUUUGGGAUUUGUGGCCUGCCCGAAGUUCACUUUGGCGGUCCAACCCAGGUUUUGAUAGAAAAUGAGGAGCAGCAGAUGGAGACAAAGCUAAAAAAAUCGUUGAAGCCCGCAACGGCCAGUAAUUUACGCUAAGUUGCUAACCCGAAAGCCAGCCGCCAUCUGUACUUGAGCAGGUGGCCGACUACUGCCCGUAGCGCGUGAUUCUGAGGCCGAAGAAACCGAUUUCAUUAGCAAAUGAGCAGAGUCCAAGCCAGUCAGCUGUUCAGAAUCCUCGGUGCAAGACAAAAAGUCAGCGACUUUCUACAAUUCCCUUCUUGGUUGGGGGGAGACCUCAUAUUCCCAUUCCCAUCGUGCUUCGCUCCUCAUCCGUCGCCGAUCGCCCACCAAAAAUGGAAGAACCCCACAUCGAGAGGAUGGCUGCUUCGCCAGUGAAGAAGGGAUCGCUGAUGAUGAGGCCGAUACAUUGGUUCAGAAUGCUUGGCGAGGAGCUCCACUGGAGCCUCGUGAUGGGGGUAAUCGUGGUUUAUGGGAUUAGUCAGGGUUUCGGAGUUGGGCUCGUCCGAGUUAGUACGCAGUACUACAUGAAGGAUGAUCAGAAGCUGCAGCCCUCUGAAGCUCAGCUCUUUUUUGGUCUCCUUCAGCUCCCUUGGAUUGUCAAGCCUCUAUGGGGUCUCUUAACGGACACUGUACCUGUUCUGGGCUACCGCAGGCGCCCCUAUUUCAUUUUCGCAGGUUGUCUUACUGCUAUGUCAAUGCUGGUGGUGUCACUGCAGCCAAACUUGUCGCUUGGAUAUGCCAUGCUUUCUCUGAUGUCAGGGAGUACCGGGAUGGCGAUUUCAGAUGUUACCAUUGAUGCCUGUGUGACACAAAAUAGUGUAACUCACCCAUCUCUUGCCGGUGAUAUGCAAAGCUUGUGUGGGCUCUCUGCCUCCAUCGGGUCCCUGGUCGGCUUCUCACUCAGUGGCUUCCUUGUUCACCUGGUUGGAGCUAAGGGUGUGUUUGGGUUUCUAAGUUUUCCAGCAGGCCUAGUCGUUAUGGUUGGGAUAUUGUUGCGCGAAGGCAAUUUACAGCGAUCUGUUUACAGAGGGGUACAUGAGAAGUUCUUGGACGCCGGUAAAACAAUGUGGAGAACACUAAAAUGUCGAGAAGUGUGGAGGCCUUGCUUAUUUAUGUUCUUGUCUCUCUGUGUCAGUUUACAUGUCCAUGAAGGAAUGUUCUACUGGUAUACUGAUGCAGCGGGGGGUCCAUCUUUCUCACAGGAAAUUGUUGGAUCGAUAUUCUCAUUUGGUGCAAUUGGCUCUCUCUCAGGGGUCCUAAUCUACCAAAAUUUUCUGAAGAACCAUCCCCUUCGCGACAUAGUUUUUUGGUCCCAGCUAUUACUCAGCCUAUCUGGGCUGCUUGACUUGAUAUUGGUUCUUCGUAUUAACUUGAGAAUCGGUUUCCCUGAUUAUUUCUUUGUUGUGAUCGACGAAGCUGUUUCUCGGAUGAUUGGGCGGGUCAAAUGGAUGCCUCUUCUUGUGCUUAGUUCCAAGCUAUGCCCUCCUGGUAUAGAGGGCACCUUCUUUGCUCUGCUCAUGUCUAUUGAUCAUAUUGGUCUGCUCAUCUCUACAUGGCUAGGAGGUCUACUCUUGCAUAUGUUGAAUGUCACCAGGACACAGUUUGACAAUCUUUGGGUUGCCCUCUUGAUCCGAAGCAUGGUGAGGCUGCUCCCGAUUGCCUUAUUAUUCCUGAUCCCGAGGGCUGAUCCCAAUUUGUCGGUUCUUCCAGCUGAGACGUUGAAGAUGAAAAAGGGUGAUGAUGACCAGAAGAACAAUGAGAUGGCCUCCCUUAUCGAGGGCAAUUGAAGUAGGGAAGAAUACUGACACAUUUGUUUCGAGAUCACAGUCAAUGCAGGUCCCUUUACAAUGCCAAGGAUGCCAGACACUGAAGCUGGAACCCUAUGGUAUGACCCAAAUCACCAUUUACUCAGCAUCUUCCAGUUUGGUACACAGAUUAAUCAACUUGGGCAAUGACA